GAAGAAGAUGAAUUGGGUCAAAGUCUAAAAGCCUAUUCUGGGAAAAUGACUCAACAGGAAACAUAUGAGUAAAAUAAAUAAAAUAAGAGCACGGGUAAGUCUCUAUCUAUGUGAAGUGAAGCUCUGAAAAUGGAGCAGUAUGAGGUUCUAGAACAGAUUGGAAGAGGCUCCUUCGCUUCUGCUCUACUUGUCAGACACAGGCACGAAAACAAAAGGUAUGUUCUUAAGAAGAUCCGGCUUGCCCGCCAGACGGAUAGAGUACGCAGAUCCGCUCACCAGGAGAUGGAGCUUAUCUCUAAAGUUCGAAACCCAUUUAUCGUGGAGUAUAAAGAUUCCUGGGUAGAAAAGGGUUGUUUUGUAUGUAUCGUCAUUGGCUAUUGUGAAGGAGGAGAUAUGACUGAAGCUAUUAAAAAGGCCAAUGGCGUACAUUUUCCUGAAGAGAAACUCUGUAAGUGGCUGGUUCAGCUGCUGAUGGCACUUGAUUACUUGCAUGCAAAUCAUAUUCUUCAUCGUGAUGUCAAGUGUUCAAAUAUAUUCUUGACAAAAGAUCAAGAUAUUCGUCUAGGUGACUUCGGCCUAGCUAAAAUGUUGACAUGCGAUGAUCUUGCAUCCUCGGUUGUUGGCACUCCAAGUUAUAUGUGCCCUGAACUUCUUGCUGAUAUACCCUAUGGCUCUAAAUCAGAUAUCUGGUCUUUGGGAUGCUGUGUGUAUGAAAUGGCUGCUCACAAACCAGCUUUCAAAGCUCUUGAUAUGCAAGCACUGAUUAACAAAAUAAACAAGUCAUUAGUGGCUCCACUACCUACAGUGUAUUCUGGUUCUUUUCGGGGUCUCGUUAAGAGUAUGCUGCGGAAGAAUCCAGAGCUUCGGCCCAGUGCGGCAGAGUUACUAAAUCAUCCGCAUCUUCAACCUUACAUUCUUAAAAUUCACUUGAAAUUAAAUAACCCUAGAAGAAGUACUUAUCCAUUCCAAUGGUCUGAUUCAAACUAUGUAAGGAGGACUCGAUUUGUCGAGACAGAUUCUGUUUCUACUCUUUCUGGAAGAGGUAAAAGAUUGUCAUUCAGCAAUGACAGGGCGUUGAAUCCUAGUAUCUCUGGAACUGAACUAGGUUCUGUGUGUUCUACUCAAAGAGGUCAAGGAUUCUCUACGUGUUCAAAAGAGAAACACUGUGAGUUGUCUGUUGGUUGUGUCCGUGAAGAAUGCAAUUCGAACAAGUCAAGAGACACCAAGUCCUCCACUGUUGAUAGGGUGCCAAGAUUGAGAACAACUAAGGAAUAUGCCACUCCUCGAAAGCAGACAAUACCAUCAAAGACAUCCCUUACAGGUUUCAAGCGUGAGCUACUUCCAGCAUCUUCUACUCCUGGUGUUAAAUUUACCCCACCAUCUCGCAGAGCUUCCCUUCCACUCCCUACCAAAACCAUGUGCAUGACCACCCCAUAUAGAGCUAAUGUUGGUCUUCUUCGGGGCAUGGACUCUCCUGAUGUUUCUGUCAAUGCACCACGAAUUGACAAGAUUGCUGAAUUCCCUCUAGCCUCUUGUCAGGAUUCUCUCUUUCCUGUUCAUGGAACUUCAUCAACCUCGGCUCAGUGUUCUUCUGGUUCCCCAAAGAGUGCUGAAUGCUUAAUCACCAAAGACAAGUGCACAAUCCAAGUUGUGGACAAAGUGAGUGUCCCAUCAAGUGUACAAUCUCCAAAGAGUGCUGCUGCUCCAGUUUCACAUGGCAAUGAAUGUUCUGAGCAUGCUGUUUCAAGCCACUUCUCUGCCGAGUGUUGCCAACGCAGGUUUGACCCCUCGUCUUACCAGCAACGUGCAGAGGCAUUGGAGGGUUUGCUUGAGUUCUCUGCUCGGCUCCUACAGCAACAGAGGUUUGAAGAACUUGGGGUGUUGUUAAAGCCAUUCGGUCCUGAGAAGGUUUCCCCAAGAGAGACAGCUAUCUGGUUGGCUAAGAGCUUCAAAGAAACUGUUGCCUGAGGUUUCCUGGUGCACUGUUAGAUAGUUAACAAUAGUGUAAAUUUGAUCAGUAGCUCAGCUUCUAAUCUUAUUGUUGUAGUUGACAUCAUCACCAUUUUCUGAUAUGCUGCACUCUGCAGCACUGGCACAACUAGUUCGAAGUUAAUUUUAUCACUAGUAGAUCAAAAGGAGUGUCAAAAGUUCAGUGCACUGCUCCUACAACAGCAGAGGUUUGAAGAGCCCUAGGUUGUUGUUGAAGCCAUUCGGGCCUGAGAUUUCUCCAAGGGAAACAGCUUGUUGACCAAGGUUUAAGGAUACUGUAGUGGUUCAAGGAUUUCUGACUCACUUUAUGAUCAUUAACAUUAGUAUAAUUUCAUGUAGAACUAUAUGUUGUUAUAAAUUAAAGAGUAGCUUACUAGCUUAGCUUCUAUAUAAUCGGACAUUGUUCUUAUU